GUGUUUCCUUGUGGCUUCCCCGCGGCCGUUUUCAUAUGCAAAUUAGCGGCCGCGGGGUCUGUCGUCCUUGGUCCAGCUUCUUUGUCCGUGUGGAGGAUGAGCGGUCCACCGACGCGAGGCGGGAAACGACAGUCUGCGGGCGGCGCGAGGAGAAAUUAAAACCAGAAAGCGUGGGCAUUCGAAAUUCAAAUUUUGAAUGCCAGCUUCGACAGCGACGACGACGUGUGGCUGGCGGGACGACGGCGUCGUGCUGCGGAAAAGGGCCCGGCGGCGGCGGAGGCCACGUCCAGAGGGCUCCCUCAUCUGCUCCCGCAACGUGUUGUGCUUCCAUCGCCGUGGACCUUCGCGCACAUCGACUGCGCGUUGCUCUUCGCGUCCGUGCGCGGGGUUGUGAGCGGAGAAAAGGGGCCAUCUUCUCAACGGACGUCUUCGGGACCAUCGUCCAGCGCGGGAGGACGAGACAGACGGCAGCGGAACGACGGGCUAUGGAGGGCGGCGCCCCGGCUAGACGUGAUGCGCUGAGUCAUGGUGAGCUGCAGGCGGUGGCAGCGGCCGUGUCGACGAUACAGCAGGAGAGGGCGCUGGGGCGACUGAAGGAGCAUUUGCGCGCGCGUAGACGGAGGACGUUGACGCAAGAUCCGCACGAUGGUGCCGAGUUCGUGGCGACGUCGGAAGCUGUUGUUCAACUGUGCUAUGCGUUGGGCUGCGGAGUGAUACCCCGCGCGACACCGCGGUGGUGGGUGAAGCGCAGGACAGGAGGAACGUGGGAAGACCUCAGGCUAUGCGACGACGCGACUGACGACUACUUCCGCGAUAAGUUGCGAAUGUCGCCGCGAGUGUUCCGGGAGAUCGCGGAGGCGUGUGUGCCUCAUCUUCAGCUGCAGGUGACGUUCUACAGGGAGCCUUUGCAGCCAGACCAGAUUGUGGCGUACGCACUGUACAGGCGUUCGGUGAUAAAGGUUUCCCCAACUGCCACGGUUGCAUAUUGCACUCACAUCUACGUCGACAAGCCAGCGAAUGCUCCGAGCGAAAAUUACUAUGACAGGAAGCGUCGUUUCUCCAUCGUCGCGCAGGUCGUUGUCGACUUGGACUUGUGUGUGCUGGACGUGCACAUGGGAUACCCCGGUAGCUGCCACGACAUCAGGGUGCUGCAGUUGUCCAGCCUGUCGCUGCGCGCGGAGGAGGGGUCGUUGUUCCGCGGGCCCCCCGUCACACUGUCGCUCGGUGUGAAGACGUACGGUUACCUUCUGGCGGACAAUGGGUACCCACCUGCCGAAUGGAUGGUCGUCCCGUACGACGGUAUCAAUCAGAGCGUCGAGCAGGAGCGGUUUGACAACAAGCAGAAGGUGGCAAGGGGAGCGGUGGAGAGGGCGUUCGGCAAGCUGAAGGGCAUGUGGCGGCUGUUUCUCCGAACACACAAGACAAACCUGGAGACGCUCCCGCAGCAGUUCACCGCCGUCUGCAUACUGCACAACUUACUGAUCGAAGCGGGGAUCCCCUUCGACAAGAAUCUGCUCUGGGAGGUCGGCGGUAAUGGUGUGUGACGACGAGUGGACCUGGGAUUCGACGAGCCCCUCCAGCCUGUGUCGAUGUUGACGUCGACCAGCGAAGCCUUAGCCCUGAGGCAUGCUUUGGCGGAACGAAUGAAACACGAAUGAGUCG